GGAGCGGCCGGGGGUGGAGUGGGAGCGCGUGUGUGCGAGUGUGUGCGCGCCGUGGCGCCGCCUCCGCCCGCCCCCAGCUCGGUCCCGCUUGCUUGCCGCGGCCGGGCGGCCCUUUCGCGUGUCCGUGCUUCCUCCCCUCCUCCUCCUCCAUUUUGCGAGCUCGAGUCUGUGCCUGGAACCCGAGUCACAGCCAGUUCCCCUGUUGGGGACGGAUUCUAGCGGGUGGAAGGAGAAGCCGAGUGGCCGGAGCGGCGCGGCGCCGGGACGGGUGACGCGCGCGCCGGAGCCCGGAGCCGCCGAGAGGGAGCGGAGCGGAGCGGGCGUCUGGCUUGUCAGCGGGGAAAUGGGAGACUUUUUGAAAUAGGGGCGCUCCCCUCCUCCCUCCCAUGGAGAAGGGGGCGGCUGUUUACUUCCUUUUUUUAGAUAAAAUAUUUCCCUCCUGCUCCUCCUGCUCUCACACGCCAAGUUGUUUAUCUCGGGUGCGGUAGGAGCUGCGGACGGUGGCGGGUGAGCGGCGCCGCUGCCAGAGCUGACACUUGAUGGACCCCAAAGAAUCAUUAGCUCCCCCAAGUAGAGAAGAAGUCCCCAGCAGUGUACUUGGCCUGGAGAAGGGAAAUGUCAUGGACUUCUGUAAAACCCUAAGGGGAGGAGCUGUUGUGAAGGGUUCUGCAUCUUCACCCUUACUGGCUACUGCCUCUCAGACAGACUCCAAGCAACAAAGACUGUCGGUUGAUUUUCCAAAAGGCUCAGUAAGCAAUGUGCAACAGCCAGAUCUGUCCAAAGCAGUUUCGCUCUCAAUGGGACUGUAUAUGGGAGAGACAGAAACAAAAGUGAUGGGAAAUGACCUGGGAUUUCCACAGCAGGGCCAAAUCAGCCUUUCCUCUGGGGAAACAGACUUUCGACUUCUGGAAGAAAGUAUUGCAAACCUUAAUAGGUCAUCCAGUGUUCCAGACAACCCCAAGAGUUCAGCAUCUGCUGCUGUGUCUGAUGCCUCCACAGAGAAGGAGUUUCUCCAAACACACUCUGAUGUAUCUUCAGAACAGAAAAAUCUUAAAGGCCAGUCUGGCACCAGUGUUGGCAAUGUGAAAUUGUGUACCACAGACCAAAGCACCUUUGACAUUUUUCAGGAUUUGGAGUUUUCUUCUGGGUCCCCAGGUAAAGAGACAAACGAGAGUCCUUGGAGAUCAGACCUAUUGAUAGAUGAAAACUGUUUGCUUUCUCCUUUGGCAGGAGAAGAUGAUCCAUUCCCUUUGGAAGGAGAUGCGAGUGAGGACUGUAAGCCUCUCAUUUUACCGGACACUAAACCUAAAAUUAAGGAUAAUGGAAAUAUAAUCUUACCAAACCCCAGCAGUGUACCACUGCCCCAUGUGAAAACAGAAAAAGAAGAUUUCAUUGAACUCUGCACCCCUGGGGUAAUUAAGCAAGAGAAACUGGGCCCAGUUUACUGUCAGGCAAGCUUUUCUGGGGCAAAUAUAAUUGGUAAUAAAAUGUCUGCCAUUUCUGUUCAUGGCGUGAGUACCUCUGGAGGACAGAUGUACCACUAUGACAUGAAUACAGCAUCCCUUUCUCAGCAAGAUCAGAAGCCUGUUUUUAAUGUCAUUCCACCAAUUUCUGUUGGUUCUGAAAAUUGGAAUAGGUGCCAAGGAUCUGGAGAUGACAACCUCACUUCCUUGGGGACUAUGAACUUCCCUAGCAGAUCAGUUUUUUCUAAUGGCUAUUCAAGCCCUGGAAUGAGACCAGAUGUAAGCUCUCCUCCAUCCAGCUCUUCAACAGCAACGGGACCACCUCCCAAACUCUGCCUUGUGUGCUCUGAUGAAGCUUCGGGAUGUCAUUAUGGGGUCUUGACCUGUGGAAGCUGUAAAGUAUUCUUCAAAAGAGCAGUGGAAGGUAGGCAGCACAAUUACCUUUGUGCUGGAAGAAAUGAUUGUAUCAUUGAUAAAAUCCGAAGAAAGAACUGCCCAGCAUGUCGCUACCGGAAAUGCCUUCAAGCUGGAAUGAACCUAGAAGCUCGAAAAACAAAGAAAAAAAUAAAAGGAAUUCAGCAAGCCGCUACAGGAGUCUCACAAGACACUUCUGAAAAUCCUGCUAACAAAACAGUAGUUCCUGCCACAUUACCACAACUCACCCCUACCUUGGUGUCACUGUUAGAGGUCAUUGAACCUGAGGUGUUGUAUGCAGGAUAUGACAGCUCUGUUCCAGAUUCUACUUGGAGGAUCAUGACCACACUCAACAUGUUAGGUGGGCGCCAAGUGAUUGCAGCAGUGAAAUGGGCAAAGGCAAUACCAGGAUUCAGGAACUUACACCUGGAUGACCAAAUGACCCUUCUUCAGUACUCAUGGAUGUUUCUCAUGGCCUUUGCCCUGGGCUGGAGAUCAUACAGACAAUCAAAUGGAGGUUUUCUGUGUUUUGCUCCUGAUCUGAUUAUAGAUGAGCAGAGAAUGAGUCUACCCUGCAUGUAUGACCAAUGUAAACAUAUGCUGUUUGUCUCCUCUGAGUUACGAAGACUUCAGGUAUCUUACGAAGAAUAUCUGUGCAUGAAAACCUUACUACUUCUCUCUUCAGUUCCUAAGGAAGGUUUGAAGAGCCAAGAGCUAUUUGAUGAAAUUAGAAUGACCUACAUCAAAGAGCUAGGAAAAGCCAUUGUCAAAAGGGAAGGAAACUCCAGUCAAAACUGGCAACGAUUUUAUCAACUGACAAAACUUUUGGACUCCAUGCAUGAAGUGGUUGAAAAUCUUCUUGGCUAUUGCUUCCAAACAUUUUUGGAUAAGACUAUGAGUAUUGAAUUCCCAGAGAUGUUAGCUGAAAUCAUCACCAAUCAGAUACCAAAAUAUUCAAGUGGAAAUAUAAAAAAACUUCUGUUUCAUCAAAAGUGACUGCCUUACAGUAAGAAAGAUUGCCUUAAAGAAAGUUGAAUUUAUAGCUUUUACUGUACAAACUAUCAAUUUGUCUCACAGAAGUUUUGGGUUUUUUUCUUUCUGUUUUUGUCUGGUUUUUGGUUGUUGUUUUCUUUUAAAUACGCACUACAUGUGGUUUAUAGAGGGCCAAGAGUUGGCAUCGGAAGCAGUUGAGUGGUAACUUUGAAGUGAUGGGAAGGUAGAUAGUGAGAUUUAUUAGUUGGUGUAUCCCAGAUAUUAGAAACAAUAUUGUGGGCUAAUCUCCACUGUCAGAGAAGGAUGGCACCUAAACCACCAGUGCCCAAAAUCUAUGUGAUGAACUUUCUGCUCAUACUUUCAGUUGGCUGUAUAAAACUUUUUAGACUUUUUUGUUGGUAUAUUUUCCCAUGUAUAGUUAGGAUAGCAUUUUUGAUUUAUGCAUGGAAACCUGAAAAAAGUUUACAAGUGUAUAUCAGAAAAGGGAAGCUGUGCCUUUUAUAUCUAUUACUGUCUGGUUUUAACAAUUUCCUUUAUAUUCAGUGAACUACGCUUGCUCAUUUUUCUUACAUAAUUUUUGUAUUCGAGUUAUUGUAUAGCUGUUUAAGAUGGGCAGCUAGUUCAUAGCUUUCCUAAAUAAACUCUAAACAUUAAUCUUCUGUGUGAAAAUGGGUUGGUGCUUCUAACCUGAUGGCACUUAGCUAUCAGAAGACCACAAAAUUUGACUCAGAUCUCCAGUAUUGUCAAAAAAAGCUCUUCUUUUGUAUAUAUCUGCUUCCAUGAAGAAUGAUAUAGGUUGUGCAAAUUAACCAUCCUGACUGGUAUAGAGCACCUAGUCCAGUGACCCUGCUGGGUAAAUUAUGGAUAAUGGUUGUAAAAGAUAACUAUUAAAAAAAAAAUAACUACCAAGAGGCCCUGUUUGUACCUGGUACCCUAUCUCUGCAGUGGUUAGAUGGCAAGAAAGUUGGUAAACUGUCUUUUGGGACCUUUUGUAGUAGUUUGCAUAACUUCUUAAAAGUUAUAGUUCCAGAUAACCAGCUGUAACACAGCUGAGAGAUUUUUAAUCAGACCAAGUAAUUCCUCUCACUAAACUCUACCCAAAAACUAAAUCUCUAAUAUGGCAAAAAGUGGCUAGACACCCAUUUUCACAUUCCCAUCUGUCAUCAAUUGGUCUAUCUUUCCUGAUAGAACAGGAAAGCUCAGCUACUGAUUUUUGUGAUUUAGAACUGAAUGUCAAACAUCCAUGUUUGUAGAACUACACAUCCCUCCGUGUGCCAUAAGAUUUAACACAAGUCUUGUGAAUUUAUUCACUGUUGAAAAGUAUAAUUUUAAACAAAACAGAAGCUGUAGUAGCCCUUUCUGUGUGCACCUUAACAACUUUCUGUAAACUCAAAACUUAACAUAGUUACUAAGCCACAAGAAAUCUGAUUUCUGUUCAAAGUGGCCAAAUUAUCUGUGUAAUAGAAAACUGAAAAUCUAAUAUUAAAAAUAAUGAAACUUCUAAUAUAUUUUUAUAUUUAGUUAUAGUUUCAGAUAUAUAUCAUAUUGGUAUUCACUAAUCUGGGAAGGGAAGGGCUACUGCAGCUUUACAUGCAAUUUAUUAAAAUGAUUGUAAAAUAGCUUGUAUAGUGUAAAAUAAGAAUGAUUUUUAGAUGAGAUUGUUUUAUCACGACAUGUUAUAUAUUUUUUGUAGAGGUCAAAGAAAUCUUGAUGGAUACACCCUGUAUGACUUAUAGUGUGCUCAAAGCAUUCAUACUGGCAUUAAGGUGUCAGAAACCAAACAGGUUUUGCUCUAGAAGAGGGAGAUGGAGACUGGCCUUGUGUGCAGUGAGGCUGUGUCCCAGUUAAACCACAGAUAAAAGUAAUCCUCUGCCUCCCAUUCUGACCAUGCUUCUCAUUCCAGCAGUGAGUCUGUAAACGCAGGUUUGAUUUAUUAAAUCUCCCCUUGCAAUAGAGUGUAUAAACAGGACAGAAUGGUAUUGCUCAUAUAGUUACAGGCACCAUCUAAUAGCAGGGUUACUUGCACAUGCAGCCUCUCAAACAGGUUAACAAAAACAGAGGCUUUAGAAGUUUGGCAAUAAUAUGCAUAGAGGUACAGCAAUAUGUAAAUAGUGCAGAAUCCCAUAGGGUGCCAAUAAUACACUAAUUCCUUUCUAUCUUACAAGAUUUCAUUUCCAAGUAAAAUGAGGACAUGUUUAUGUUUUCUUUGAAUGCUCUUUGAAUGUUGUUUUCAGUAUUUUGUGGAAAUUAUUUAAUAAAAAAUGUAAUCAUUUGCUUUUUGAAUGCUCUUUAAAAGGGAAUGUUCCUUUUGUAAUGGUUUAAAUUGAUCUUUAAGAUGGUUGUAACCCAGCUGGAUGUGAAAUUUAUGGUGCCUAAGAAAUAACACUUGAAUAUUAUCAGUGACAGUGUUAAGUUUCAAAAAGAGCUUCUCAAAAGUAGAUUAUUGUUCAUUUAUAUAAUGUUACAUGGUUAAAACCAAAAAGUGCAUCACAUAUUAUUCUUAUUUCAGUCCCAGCAACCUUGGUUCUCAAAAGUAGAGCUCAGUUUAAAAAUGGGGGCAGGGGGGGUUGGGUGUACACUUUGUUGUCAACAAGGAGGCAACUGACAUAAAACUAUAGGAGGCUUUUCACUAAAAGAAACUGUGCUCUUUUAGAACAUGUAGGAAGGAAGAAAGUUACCAUAAUUAUGUUUGAGUAUAAUUACAGAUUUUAAGUGAAGAAAAGGAAAAGAUACAUUACUGUUUGAAAUCAACUUCAUUUUCUAUGUGUGUGGUUUCUUGUCAUCCCAAACUAUUAUAAUAACUUCAGUAAGAACCAGUGACAUGCCUAUGUGGAUUCAAAGAGAUCCUGAAAAGUAUUUUUAAUUACUGGUAGAAAAAAGUGAUUCAGUGUUUUUAGGCAUUGCUCUGGGUACUGUACAAGCAGAAAUGAGGAGCUAAGGACUUGACAGUUUGGGAAUUGACUGCUUAAAACUAUAGGAAAGGAACCUGAAGGAGCAACUGCCUUCUCUUGGGAGAAGGAAAAAAAAACCUUUGCCACGCCAGAAGGAAAUCUAAUGUGAUUAGUGUCAAUGAAGAACUUCAUAGAGAGCACAGGAUGAGCUCUGGGCAAGCAUGUGAAGGGAAAGCCAGCUUCACUUAAGAAUUUGGGAGUAAUAUAGGCAGAAGAUGAGAGAGAAGAGAAACAAUCCAAUUUCACUCAAGUCUUAUCAUUUUAGUUCUCUUUUAAAUCCCCUAAAACUAUGUCACUAUGGAAUGAACAUUAUUAUAAUUUGAUCUGUCAAAAUUAAAAAAUCGUGGUAGCCUUCAGUGAGAUUUUGAUCUCAGUUGGUCACCCCCAACAACCGUGGUAUAGUUGAAUGUGUUUUUAUGUGCCUGGUUUCAGAGCAGGAAGAGAAAAUAAGUGUGUGAAAGACACUUUAAACAAAAGUUUCAUCAUUUUCCAGACUAUUUUCAAUCAACCUGGUCCACCAAAUAAGUGACCAGGUUUUCAGGAAAGGAGAGCUUCUCUCUAGAAAAUGUAUGAAAGGAUUUUAUUUUCUGAUAAAAGACUAUAUGAAAAUACCCUCCUCAAAUAACUUGCUUAACUACAUAUAGAUUCAAGUGUGUCAAUAUUCUAUUUUGUAUAUUAAACAAAUGCUAUAUAAUGGGGACAAAUCUAUAUUAUACUGUGUAUGGCAUUAUUAAGAAGCUUUUUUCAUUAUUUUUUAUCACAGUAAUUUUUAAAUGUGUAAAAAUUAAAACCAGUGACUCCUGUUUAAAAAUAAAAGUUGUAGUUUUUUAUUCAUGCCGAAUAAUCUGUAGUUUAAAAAAUGUCUUUUUACCUACGCAGUGAAAUGUCAGACUGUAAAAUCUUGUGUGGAAAUGUUUAACUUUUAUUUUUCAUUUAAAUUUGCUGUUCUGGUAUUACCAAACCUCACAUUUGUACUGAAUUGGCAGUAAAUGUUAGUUAGCCAUUUACAGCAACGCCAAAUAUGGGGGAACAUCAUUGUAAAAUAAAAGUAUCUGCUUUUUUCAUUAUGUGACUCCCAACAUGCUUUUGUAGAACUAGUGAAGUUAUUAUUUUCCUGUUUUCCUCCUGUUCUACUCAAGGCAGACUUACCACUUUAGGCACCUUAAGAUGCUAAAGUAGAUAUUUAGAUGUCAAUGUGCAAUGUAUGUGUGCUAAUAGCUCAACAAACUCAAAAUGAGCCAAGCCCUGGUAACAGCGACCCACAGAUCAUCACAUCCACACCUCACAUGGUUGUGUGCCAUUGCUGCACAGGGUACUAAGGGCAGGGAAGAAAUGAAGCUGCUUCAAAUGUAACAAUUUUAUGAGCUGAGUGCAUUCGUUCACAUCUGUACUCCCUACUACUAGUCCAGAAGCAGAGAUUGGGAAGGUCACAGUUUGAGGCCAGCCUAGGUAAAAACUUAGUAAGAGACCCCAAAUCAAACAAUAAACACACCUGUGACCCCAGCUACAUGGCACAGCAAAAAUGUGAGACUCUACCUGAAAAAGCAAAAAGGGCUGGGGGCAUGGCCCAGGUGGUAGAAUAUCUGCCUACCAAGGUGAGGCCCUGAAGUCCAACCUCAGAACUGCCCAAAAAAAAAGU